AUGACAGCCCUGAUGAUGCCGCCUAGAUGGGCACUCAUGGCUGUGGUGCCUGUGGUCGUGGUGCUCGUGGAUGAGGCACCUGAAAUACCCCAUGUUCCUCCUAUAACGCCUAUUCCUCCGAUUGAGCAUGUAGUGCCCGCUCCUUCAAUUGCUCCAGUUCCCCCGCCGGUUCCCCCUCCUCAGCUUGCUGUUCUGGUUGCAGAGGCUCCUGCUCCGCUAGCUACAUCCGUACCUCUGCCCGAGGCGAGUACCACUCCUACCUUUCCGACAGUGCCUAUAGGAGCUGAGCAUUUCUAG